UGUCAAUUCAACAAUUUUUGCCAAUCAUUCGAAUUUCCAAUAUCAUUAUUUUCAAUUUUCAAUAUUUAUAACUAUAUUAUAUUCAAUUUUCCACAAUAAAAAACUUUCCAACAUGACUGCAAUGGAGCCGGAACGUGAGAAAGUCCUGCAGGACUACCGAAAAAAACUAAUGGAACACAAAGAAGUCGAGUCUCGACUGAAAGAAAUGCGAGAGCAAUUGAAAGACCUCACAAAACAGUACGACAAAUCGGAAAAUGACCUGAAAGCCUUGCAGAGCAUGGGCCAGAUUGUCGGUGAAGUCCUAAAGCAGCUCACUGAAGAAAAGUUUAUUGUCAAAGCCACAAACGGUCCACGUUAUGUUGUAGGAUGCCGCAGGCAACUAGAUAAGCUAAAAUUAAAAGCUGGUACUCGUGUAGCCUUAGAUAUGACAACUCUAACCAUAAUGAGGUAUUUGCCAAGAGAAGUCGAUCCUUUAGUUUACAAUAUGAGCCACGAAGACCCUGGCGAUGUCACUUAUUCGGCUAUUGGUGGUCUUUCUGAGCAAAUUCGGGAAUUACGUGAAGUAAUUGAAUUGCCUCUAAUGAAUCCUGAAUUGUUUAUGAGAGUAGGCAUUACCCCACCUAAAGGUUGUCUUUUAUAUGGGCCUCCUGGUACUGGUAAGACUUUACUAGCUAGAGCUGUCGCCUCUCAGUUGGAUGCAAACUUUUUAAAAGUAGUCUCCAGCGCUAUUGUUGACAAGUACAUUGGAGAGUCGGCAAGAUUAAUCAGAGAAAUGUUCAAUUAUGCCAAAGACCAUCAGCCUUGUAUAAUUUUCAUGGACGAAAUCGAUGCUAUUGGUGGACGAAGAUUUUCAGAAGGUACUUCUGCUGAUCGUGAAAUUCAGCGUACCCUAAUGGAACUGCUAAACCAAAUGGAUGGAUUCGACUCUCUGGGACAAGUUAAAAUGAUUAUGGCAACUAACCGUCCCGAUACUUUAGAUCCAGCUCUAUUGAGGCCUGGUCGUUUGGACAGGAAAAUUGAAAUUCCUUUGCCCAACGAACAAGCCAGGCUUGAAAUUUUAAAAAUCCAUGCAGGGCCCAUUGCUAAGCAUGGAGAGAUUGAUUAUGAGGCAAUUGUAAAGCUUUCAGAUAAUUUUAAUGGGGCUGAUUUGAGGAACGUUUGCACUGAAGCUGGUCUCUUUGCUAUCAGAUCUGAACGGGAGUAUGUUAUUCAAGAGGAUUUCAUGAAGGCAGUGAGGAAAGUGGCUGAUAACAAGAAAUUGGAGAGCAAAUUGGAUUAUAAACCAAUAUAAUUUGUUAAUUUUAGGAAGUAUUUUUUUUUUAAUGUAAUUUAAUCCUGAUAAAAAGUUUUUUCUGAAGUAAG